GCCACGCCUGCCCAGUUCAACAGUCGUAAAGUCGGAAAGACGGAACAACGAUUUUCACUUUAGCACUGUUCUGGAAUGGCAAAGACAUAUGAUUUCCUCUUUAAAUUAUUACUGAUAGGAGAUUCAGGCGUUGGCAAGACUUGUGUGUUGUUCCGAUUUUCCGAGGAUGCCUUUAAUUCCACAUUCAUUUCCACCAUAGGCAUUGAUUUUAAAAUAAGGACAAUAGAAUUAGAUGGAAAGAAGAUAAAGCUUCAGAUAUGGGACACAGCUGGCCAGGAGAGGUUCCGAACCAUCACCACCGCUUACUACCGUGGUGCAAUGGGAAUCAUGCUUGUGUAUGACAUCACAAAUGAUAAAUCCUUUGAGAAUAUCAAGAACUGGAUCAGAAAUAUUGAAGAGCAUGCAUCAUCUGAUGUGGAGAAAAUGGUGCUGGGAAACAAGUGUGACAUGGAGGACAGAAGAUCAGUGUCUAAAGAAAGAGGAACACAGUUGGCAACAGAAUAUGGAAUUAAAUUCAUGGAGACAAGCGCAAAAGCUAGUAUCAAUGUAGAAGAGGCAUUUUUCACCCUUGCAAGAGAUAUAAAACUAAAAAUGGACAAGAAACUGGAACAAUCAAGUCCCCAAGCAACAUCAACAAUCCAUGUCACACAACAACCUAAACAAUCCAGAGGGUUUUUUCGCUGCACAUUAUUGUAGAAUAUUAAUUUUUAGAAUUCUUUGUGCAAGUAUCACUACGUCAAAAUGUACUUGACAGUAGUGUUCUCCUUGCUUACAUCAACAAGACAAGCUGUAUUUAAACUGAUGGGUCAAGGUGGUGGAAAUGUGAACUUUACGCAAAAGAAGGCCAUCUAUCUGGGAAGUUGCUUGAUCAGUAACGCAGACAUGUGCAUGCAACAGGGAGGGUGGUUGUAACACAGGCUUGUAACAUGAAGCACUAUUUGCAGUCCAUCUUAAUCUUGCCCAGUCUUGACUUUCCAGUCUCUUUUAGGACUUAAAAUUGUCCUUAAGCCUCAGUGAACUAUUGUUUUGAGGUGGCCUGUGAUUGGAAGGUCAUAUAUUAGUUUUGUAUGUUGCUAGAGAUGGUAACAAACAGUUUGAUGUACAGUGCAUGAGGCCUUUUAGAUCAGAUUUAACAUGUUGAACAUCAAGUUCCAGAGUUGAAUGUGAUUAUAACAGACUGAUGAUUCAUCUUGCUGUUUGCUAAGAAAAAUCAGCAAAAUGUAUAAGCAUUUAAUUCCUACUAGAACGGUUUUCAAUGGAGUGUUGUAAAACCAAAACCAACACCAAAUCCAAAUCAAUUACCUACCAAUUAGACUACUCAGCCAAUCUCUAUUCGUAGUAAAUUAGUCCAAAACCAAAGUAAUUUCCUGUUUCUUUUUGACACUCUAUUGAAAACCCUCUCAUUAUAAAUUAUGAGACAGUCAUUAUAUUUUUAUAACAAAGUAAAAGUGCAUGUAGGCAAGACAUGAAUGCAAGGCAUGAUCAGAGAGCUAAAUUCUGUAGAGGUAAUGGAGAAUAAUACGAAAUGUUCAUUUAAAAGGUGGUUAGGGGCGACAUGCUAAUCCCAGCCUAAAAGAGAGAAACAAAGCAGGAUAAUGGCACAGUUCCUCUUGACCCAUUAGCUUACAUAUAUGUGUCUGAGAAGCAAAGAAACUGCUAAUGACCGGAAAUACAUGUUUUAGACAUUUUUCAAAUGGAUAAGAACUACAGUUUACCGUCCAGAAACGUGAAAUCUCAUGAGUUGUGGAUUGGAAGUUUUAUAUUAUUAAUAUUUGUGGGAUUGAAAGCCCACUGUAACUUACAACUUGCAAAUUAACAUUGAAUAUUGUAUGUAGUAGAAGUAGAAAGGGCAGGGAUAAUCCAACUUAUUAUCUAUAA